AUGCGCUCUUCUCGAAACGUUCGUGUCCAACGGCCACCGGCGCCAUGCGUGGAAGAGGAGCCCGUCUCACUGGCUCGAGAGCUUCAUGGUCUCACCAAGGUUGGCGAAAAGCCGGGACUAGAAGGGACCUGUAAACGUGGCACUGUUGAUCAGUAUCCGAUCAUCAUGGCUCCAGAGUCCCCAGCCCCAGCUUCUGUGGUCUCACCCAGCCUAUCGAACCCUCCUGGUUUAGGGAGUGUUUCCUCUGAUGAUAACAGCUCUGGUCCUCGUACGCCACCUCCGAUGCCAGAGCCGGUUAUCCGUAUUGUUGAACCUAUGGAAAGGGACAUCCCAGCACCUGCCUCAGUCGCAAGCAGAUCUAAAAGCCGUGCGCCUCAACGCUAUCAAGUACCAAGUCAAGAGCAAAGUCCUGUUCGCCAACCCCGACCACGAUCUCAGUCACGGAGUCGUGAUUUUCCAAGGAAUGAAGGAAGCCAUCAUCCUCGACCUUCCCCUGAUAAAUCGGCUGUUGAAGAAGUUUCUCGCGGUCGUGAUUACGAUCAACACAGUUUGCAUUCGCAAAAGAGUCCAUCAACUCGAUCCAAAAGCCUAAAAUACGAUACCUCGACAGUAGAGAUAAUUCCUAGUCAGCCACGACCUGACUUAGUGACAGGGUAUCAAUCAGAUUCAACUAUGGGUCGACACUCAUCCCGCCUGGAGCGACCGAAACCCUCGACUAUUAGUCCAUCUGGGCCAGAGAUGCGUCAAGUAGCUCCUUUAUCAUCACAGCCGAGAACCGCAAAGUCGAGCACUCCCACUCUCGCUGAGAGACUUGAGGAGAAACUUCGAUUGAGACAAGAACUUCGCGAUCUUAGCUCUGAUUCGGAACCAGAACCUUCCAAGCGCAGACGGUCACGGUCAAUUAGCAGGAAGAGCAUUCAUGCAUCGCCUGCACAAGAAGUGAGCCCUCCUCAUGAGAUUAUCCAUGCCGCUCCAAUUCAAAGAGCCCCGAGCCCUCCCCAUGAGAUUAUCCAUGCUGCUCCAAUUCAACGAGCCCCCGAGCCCCAGAGAUAUCCUCCGGUAUCUCGCGGUCGGGCCAGCACAGUAUCUUCUACAACGGCACCACUACGACCAGCAUUGCGCUCUUCCUCACGAGCACAUGGGCAGUCAAAGUCCAUGUCAUCGGACGAGGCGCAAGCCGGCUCCAGCAAGCCUCAUCGUACGAACUCCGUGAAGUUCCUGGAUGAUCUGCCACAGAGACACAGCCAAACCCAACUGGUAACCGUUCCAAAGGCGGCUUCCCCACAGCGAACUCCAAGCAACCUAGGUCUCUGUGUGACUCCCUGUCCACGUUCUACACCAGUGAGCGGUUUCCAAGAUUGGUACACUCUCAAAGGCCUCACACACUUGAACAUCUGCCCAUCAUGCAUGACACAAAUCGGCCACUCGCGUUUCCGUGACUACUUUAUCCCAAGUCUCCCAAAUAACGGCGAAAAGAUCCAAUGCGCUUUCGGAAACGCUUGGACCCGACUUGCAUGGACCCAGAUGAUCAAAAAGGAGCACCAAAGCCUCGAAAUGCUAUACCAGAUGACUCGUCCUCCGCCAGGAACACCAGAAUGCCCCGGUCGUCACAAAGUGAAGAAUGUCUGGCACCGCAUCAUCGAACCAGAAACAAAUACCUACCUACCUCGUCUCCAUGUCUGCACAAGCUGUGCCCGGAACGUCCGCAUCUUAAUGCCCUCCCACCGUGACACUUUCCAGCCCGAUUCAAGACCCGAAGAAGGAUUCUGCGCAUUCGUAACAACCAGUCCACGCUUCGUGCAAUAUAUUGAUCUCCUCGAUAACGCAGCAAACCACGCUAAACCCUCACGUCGUCCCGAUUUACGGGAGUUCCUUGGUUACGCACGUCGAAAAAUUGUUCUCAGGGACUGUCAACGUGAUAAACCUAUGAGGAGUGGAUGGCACUAUAUGGCUGAUUUACCGGAACUACUUGCCUGUGGUGAUUGUUAUGAUGAAGUCGUUUGGCCACUAUCCAGAGAGAAGUAUGCUAUCGCAGAGGACUUUUAUCCUAAGAUGCGUUACUUACCUGGUGAUGGACCGGAUCGGUGUCGCAUGGCUAGUUGCUCACUUUAUUCGCCGCGUAUGCGAGCGAAGUUCCGGGAGGCUGUUAUCAAUGAUGACUUUUCUGGAUUGAAGGAUGUUUCUUUGAGACGCUUUGAAGCGGAGAGAAGAUUUCAGGAUCGGAAGGAGGAAUUGCUUGAUGCGGAGGAGCGUGGAUAUCGGUGUGAUGUCGAGAUCAGAAAGGCGAUUGAGGAGUGGAGAAGAUGGGAGUGA